AGGGGCCGACCGGCAAACCAGCCGCCGCGCCACGCUGGACCUGGCGGCCGCUCCUUUCGACGCUGCCCCUGUACGUUCGUGAAGCCGCGAGUACGUGUCUGUGCGCGUGUGUGCGUUCCCGGAGAGUUCCCGGCUCACCUCUGCCGGAUUGUGUAGCCAUCGCCGAGGACAGCUAUACGAAUGGUGUGAAACUCGACGCCGUGCCAUCGCAGCAGUCCCAGAAUCGCUCCUCGAGGAGCAUCCAUCUUUCGAGUUGUGCCGAGCGCUGGUGUUGUUGUCGUCGCGGUCGAAACGAUGCCUUCUUCGCGAGGAAUGCGGUGCUGCUCCCCGCCGACCGCUAGAAGGAGUGCUCGGCAGUGACUCGUCGUACGGCCCUUGCGACUCGGAUUCCCGGUGCCCGCGGGUUGACGACGCGGCGGCGUGUACCUCUGUCGUGUUUCUUUGUGCAUUUCUGAAGAGGAACGGCGACGGCAGGUGACCCUGGCCCUGGGAUGUUGUCUGAGCCGCGGCGUUCGCAGCAGCAGCAGCAGCAGCAGCAGCGCUCCUCGCAUGAGGACGGUCACCAGUCCUCGUCCAAUGGACGCCGCCAGCCCAACGGAGCAGUUCUGAGCAACGGACACCAUCAGGCCGCCUGGCAGAACAGCUACAACAGGCCGCCCAGCCGGCAUAACCAGCAGCACAGCCACCACCACCAUCAGCAGCAGCUGCUGCAGCAGCAGCAACAGCAGCAACAGCACAUCCAUCAGCACCACCACCAGGCACCGCGGCGUCCGUCGUCGCCGUCGGACGAGACCAGCAGCUCGUCGGACGACCGCGAGGAGAUGGCGCGCUCGCUGGUGCGGAGACCCGGAGGAGGAGCAGGGCACGCCAACAAACACUGGGCGCCGGUCGGCGGCCACGACUUCCGCGGAACGCUCAGGUCCACGCGCAGCGUCCCGGCCCUGGCCCUGGCUACGUGGGACGGCGAGCCGUGCCCCGUUCAUGGCCACGGCCCGGCCGCCUUCUACCCGCCGGGGCACGGACACCCGCCACCUCCGGCCACUCCGCAGCAGGGCAUGCCACCACCCCCACCCAUGUCGGCUCAGGCGUCCAUGAGGAGGUUCGGCUCCAUGUUCGACGUGCGGCCCGGGUUCUACCCGCUGACGCCGCUGGACCGCAAGUCGAUGCACGGCUCCAUGAGCGUGCUCAACGUGCCCCCGCCUCUUCCCCCCGUGCUGCCCCCGGUGGGCGGUCCGCCCCUGCCCCCCAUGGGCCCGCCGCCGUUCCUGCCCCCUCCGCACCUGAUGCCUCCCAUGAUGCGGCCGCGGCCGUACGUGUACCCCGCUGAGCCGCUUCCCACGCGGGACCCGUACCGCUCCAAGACGCCCGUCCUGCAGCAGCCCAAGAUGGAACAGGACUACUACUCGGUGGACCAGGUCUGCUGCAAGGGUCACCUCAUCGUGCUUUGGAUCAUCCUGGCGGUGGUCACGAUAGGCGUGAUUCUCGGCAUAAUCUUGGGGGUCACCGUCACCUAAGCCUACACUUCACCGACGGGACUCAAUUGAACGGGGGGAUUUUUCAGGGAUGCCUACUGGUUCAACCCAUCGCGAACUUCUACCUGACUCAGCCUGUAUUCGGUGUCCUACCAAAGUGGUGUUGCACACUUCAAAGCGACGACUGGUUGGCACCGCUUGUUAACUUUCUUGUUUUACUUGUGAAAAAAAAAGAAUAUAUAUUUUUGUCGUUUUUUUUUUUUUUUUUUGCAAUACAUCACAUAUUCAGCAGAGUUUCCUAGCAGACCGAGAAUCCUGUUCUAGUGCGAUUGCGGAGCCACUGCGUCCGCUCACGGGCGCACACGCGUAAUUCCUUUUUUUUCAUUAAGUAGAUAUUGUCCCUGUAUUAGUGGUAUGUAGCAUUAACUGCUGCCAUGCAGAAAUGUUUUAAGGCGAAAACAGCGCGAAAACAGUACACAGUAAGUGACGCGUACGUGGAUAGACGGAGGUUCUAGCCCCAUUUCUAUGUGUAUGUAUUAAUUAGACAAAGAAACAUGCCGUGAUAACUUUACUCUGCCGUUCUUUGAAGAACGCAGAGACGUUUAGACCAAUUUACUUAGUGGUCACUGCUGGGCUGGUGUUCGCUGAAUAUGAGCACCUCUCUAGCGGUUGCCCAAUAAGAACAGUUGAAUGUUUCGCACGUGUUUUACCUUCAUUCGACUUGGGACGCAUUUAUUUUACUAUAAUAUAUCGUGUGACCCCAUGCGGGUAAAAACAAAGCCUGUGCUUGAAUAUAGAAAGAUGAAAGGAACACCUUUUUUCAUAAUUUCGCAGGAUAGUUCUAACUAUAUCUAAUUUAAUGGGCCAUCAGGCGGACACACCUCGAAGCACUUAGCCCUGCACUAAAUAAAUAAUGUUAAUAUAAAUAAACUUUGGGGAAAACGACAAGUUGUCGAGCGGCAAACAAAUAGCAGUAGCGCUAAAAUUUUCAUCUUCGGCACUCCGCAACUUACUGUAGAGCAACUUACUGUCGCUGACGCGAAGUUGCUUCUUUUUUUUUCUUUAGCAGUGAAUACAUUUAUCCGUGGAGUUCUCGCUCAGUUGGCCCUUAUAGUCCACGAAACGCUUACCCUCUCGAGUAUACCUAGGAGUCGUCGUUUGCUAAACGGCCUACGUGUCCUUAGCUCUACUUAUUGCGUCAUGUGCGACUGCUGGGCACGCGACGAACCGUUAUGCCCUGCGACCGUCGCGCUAGAUCUUCAACUACGGCGCAAGACAAAGCCGACGGGAGCCUAGAAAGAACGUCAAACAAGAGACAACUCGUGGACGUAAAGAUUAGUACUAAAUGUAUCGCAGAGAAGUGCUGGUGCACGCAUGCUCCGCCAUUAUUCAGCCAACAUCCUGAGUGGUGCAUUGAUUUGCCUAAACUUUGUGUUUCUGAAUCCUAAUCAUUCUGUAGAUUAUCAUAUUCAUUUUCUUCAAGGUCAUUUUUAUUGCAAAUGUAUUGUAUACGGAUAAUUGGUCUAAUUAACCUUUUUACUUUUAUCAUCCAUUGGCAAACACGUCCGUAGUUGACAGUGUAUUGAUUGCUGUGAUUUAUUCUUGCGCUUAUAAUGACACAUAGAAAUGAGUUACGAACGUUAGGCCCUUAAUUGCUCCAAGAAAGUGCUGUGAAGUUAGAAUAAUGCACAACUGAACCGGAAAGAAAAGAGAAAUUGUCAAGUUUUUUUUUGGUCAAAUAGUCGUCGCGCGUCAGAUCGCUUAUGUCAAAUCGUAGAAAGGUACAGUUGCUGGUCGUGAAUACAGUGGUGGAUAAAAUCCAAACACGAUGAGAAGAUGGAGGCUCGAAGUGAUCGGCCGUGGUUGAACAAGGGACGUCGCUGGUGCCAACGUUUCGACAAGGCGGACUUGUAUUCGUCAGGGCAGCGAACGACGAAGACAGGAACCGCUUGAAAGGGAAAAUUGUCAUCCACCCGACUGCAGUACGAAGCUACAAAGGAUUUCCCAAAAGAAGAAAAGAAAGCUUCACAGCUGAAGUAAAAAUCGUUCACCGAGUUGACGAUUAAUUCGGCCUCGCUUUUGCGAUCUCCUGGCCUCCAGGUUAGCUCAGAUGGUAGGGCGACUGCUCCGGAAAGGAGUUGGUCUUAAGUUUGAUCCGCGAAACCAGGACGAAUUUUUCUUCAACUGAGAAGCUGAAAUUCCGUAUGGGUUUCCUUUGUAGCUUCGUGCUACAGUCUGGUGGAUGACUGUUUUCGCUUUCGUGAACGUUCCUGCACAUUGCGGGCUUCCACAGAACUGAUUUGCAUAACUCGCCUUGCCGAAACAUUGGCUGCAACGCCAUUUCUUUAUAUAUAUAUAUGAACAGUAGGGGAAGAAGAACAUCGCCUGAUCUUUGUAUAAAACUGCUCUAUGCUGACAGCUAAGGCACCACGAGUCCCUAGUUGUAAUUACUAAUUUUACGCCACUUUCUAGCACCCCCCCCCCCCCCCUCAGCCGUCGAUAUUACCAAAAGAGUACCUUGAAAAUCAGCCUGACUUUGAAGAACAGUAAGAAGUUGGGCGUGUCGGUGCAGCUGCAUAUUCAACUACAUCUGGAACAGUGCAGAUCGUAGCGCCGAAAGGAGGCUAAACCGCAGAACUGCUGACUCACGACUCCUUAGUUGCGCGUCAGCGCUCUUGUGCUGCGGUCUUCUAUUUCUUUAUUAAAGGCCUGACAGUUUUUUUACCAAACCUUAGCUCGGAACGUUCCAAAAGAAAUUGAUCGUCGUAUAAAUCUUUCUAAGUCUGCAAGAGAAACAGGCAUCUCAACGCUUUCUAUAGAAACUCAUAGAAUGUUUAUGUCACACAAAAUCAAUAGUUAAAUUCACAAAUAAUUCACAUAAAUUUAUUCUGCUUUAAUGCUCUAACAUUUUCACUUUACGAAAUUACGAUAUCUGUUCUUUGUUGCAGAGUUACAAGGCUGCAUACUCGAACUUUGCCUAUAAUAUAUACAUUUUAUCUACGUGAAUUUAUCCAGAAGCAGCCGAGGACCGAAAUUGGAAUGCUGCUUACAAGAGUGUCACUUAAGUUUGAUUCACUCCUAAAUGGAGCAAAUUUCACUUAAAUAAGUUUAAUGAGUAGCUGUUGACAGAAACUACUUAUUUCAUACUCUGUACUUGAAUACAAACUGCCUCUAAUAAAGAUUCCUUUUUACGUGAACCGUUACCUCUGGAGCUUAUAUCUGAAUAUAUAAAAAUACACAUAUAAUUUUUCUAGGCAUCCUAAGCACCGAAUCCGAUGAUGGUUGUUUCACUCGAAAGUCGUUAAAGUCUACCAGCGCUAUAAAGUAGAUUCCACUUUUAGGUAAUGACUUGUGCUGAAAAUGAAAUUGCAUGCACAAGUUGUUUAAAAUCUAAAAGUUUAAAAAACCUUAGGCUCCACAUUUACAUCUCCAUGGCACAGGAGUAAAUGAGAUAUGACAAUUCUGUAAAUGUAUAGUAUUUAUUGCGACAUCUCAACCCUAGAAAAGAACUACGUUAGAAACAACAACUCCAAACUAUAUAAAUAGUUUGUGAAUCAAGCUUUUGCGAAACCCGAUAAACAGUGUAACGGCCUCAUGUGAGCUGCCAACAAAACCGUAAAGUUUGCGCUCAAGGCUCUCUAACAGAUGCAGAGUACACAAUUGUGCUAUCUGUUUUUCAUGCUUAGCUACGAAGUUACAAACUUCGUGCUUCAAUUUUGUUUCCUAUUUGCCAAUAUACGGCAAUUUUUCAAAGCAACUCGAGGCCCAACAUAAAGAUUAUGCUUCCUAUAGAGAUACUCCACUUGAUGUUUCUAUAUUAAACUCAAUACAUUUCACACAGACUGAUUCCGUUAUAGUCUUAUGAGAGCGUUCCAGCGCUUCCUAUCCAUUUGAAUAGGCAAAUCAAACUUGGCCCCAAGAUAGAUCACCUUAAAUUACGGAGGCGGCUUUGCGCAGUUGCAGUGGCUCCAAACCCGUGCAAGUGCCUUUCGUACUGGAUUCUCGGUCUCUCGCAAAUCUGCAUAUCUACGCUGAUGAAUUCCCAUUGACGGCAGCGCGUUCCCGUCCGUCCGCAGUCGCCAUGUGCGAGUUUUCUCGCAAUACUUUUUUUUCUUCUCCAUUCCACUUAGCGGUGGCAGAUAAUGUAACGUCACUACGACGCGUUCUAAGUAGCAUCUCCUCGAGUACACUGACCUCGCCAAUAAUGCGCGCGAAACAAAACAAGAAAGGUCAUUUCCUGCUUAUCACGCCUUAUCACGCCAUCACGCCUCGUCUGUAAGGCCUACGUAGUAAGCGGCGGGCUAUGACGUGUACUAUUUGCCCCGUCGCGGUAUUCAGACCGGAGGCGACAGGCGGUCCCUAUAUGGAAGCACACGGUGUGGACUACGAGACACUUGUCGCUGUUUCGAUGUUCCCUCGUGACUGGUGUGUGUGCGUGAACAUAUCGCUGGCCUAAGACUCUUAGGAUUGUGUUGCUCAACUCGUUCGUCGCGUCAGGUAGACAGGUGAAAUGUUUCGUUGUCGUCGCCUCGGACAUACACUGCCGCGAAAGACGCGACUUGUCAAUUUCUGCGUGAAUACUGAUAGCAGGAAGUGUACAGUAUUUAAGAAAGGUUAGCGUGGGACUAACUAUAUUACCCUGGUGUCGAUUGAACGUAAGCUAUAGGUCGCAGCAGAGACCGACGCAUAAAGAAGAGCGCGGGUAGACUUCCAGCAAAGAUCUUCAAGGUAGUUGCGGUGGAGAAGUGCGAUAAAGCAGCUCCGAACUAAGGGGCUGUAGUUUGCCACUGACGUCACAAGGAGUGUCUCGCAUAACCCAUGUAAAUUAUUGUAUUCCGGCAAGUAGCUGAUAUUGUGCUUGGCGCAACAGGUCGGCAUUUCGUCUUUCUCUUCCUGCGGCCGGAAAUGCGCUUCUAAACUCUCCUUGAUGAACGCACAGAGUACGGUUUGGACCAUAGCUUCAGCAAUUAAGGACCCAACGCACGGUUCUAAGCCCACCUUACUUCCCUUUCUUAGUAUGUAUAGAAUAGUUGCCGGACAGUAUGUAUAGUAAUUGCCGGACAGUUAAGUGACUAGCGACUGUCAGGUGCCACCCUCAAUGCCUUUCGUAUGAGCACUUCAUACGCCGCUGCGUGGCGUUAGACAUAACAAGGUGUUUCAUCGGAAAGCGCGACAUCUGAAAAGUUAAGUCUGUAAUCACGGCUGGGUAUACUAGUAAAGGUAACAAAGCUGUUACGAAUAUUUUUUUUUUCUUUUUGGCAACAUGCUUGUCUUGUCCAAGAGUCAUGACUGCUCGGGGCACCACGAUUGCGGUGUUUUCGACGUGUCCAUGUUACUCUUGCCAGCGCCGUGUGCCUCAAAUAGGGGUAUAUGAGUGAAGCUUUUGUGUGACAAAUGCUCAGGGUGCACGUUUUGCCGUGUGAGAAAUGAAUGCUUCCUUACAGGGGCACCCCGCAACUGGGGUCGUAGCGAGCAUCGAUUAAUUGUUCCCUGAUUGGCUGACUUCACUGAAGGAUUGUUCAUAAAGAAUGUGGUCCCAGUGCAUUCUUCAGAGCUGCCGGCUACAGAUCGUGCCUUCUUUUGUUUAAUUAUGAAGUACUUAUAGAACAAAGCAUGUUACGACGAAUACUGAGAGUAUGUAUCUGAAUGAGUUGUGUAUCUUUAACAUAAUGAUAGUAAUAUAUGUGUCGAAUAUUAAAGCUUUUUUUCUUCAAAAACCA